AUGACCCAGCAGAGAAGCAGCACAACUCAGUGUCCCAGCAACAUACAAGCACAAAAUUUAACUCAUGUCUCUGAAUUCCAUCUCAUGAGCCUCUCAGAGGAUCCGGACCUGCAGCCCAUCCUCAUUGGACUGUUCCUGUGCAUGUACCUGGUCACAGUGCUUGGGAACCUGCUCAUCAUCCUGGCUGUCAGCUCUGACUCCCACCUCCACACCCCCAUGUACUUCUUUCUCUCCCUCCUUUCCUUGGCUGACAUUAGUUUCAUCUCUACCACAGUCCCACAGAUUUUGAUGAACAUUCAAACUCACAGCAGAGUCAUCUCCUAUGUGGGCUGCCUGACACAAAUGUCUCUUCUUACCAUUUUUGUCUGUAUGGAUGACAAGCUGCUGACUGUGAUGGCCUAUGACCGGUUUGUGGCCAUCUGUCACCCACUGCACUAUCCAGUCAUUAUGAACCCUCCACUCUGUGGUUACUUGGUUUUGGUGACUCUUUUGCUGACUCUUUUGGACUCUCAGCUGCACAAUUUGAUGAUCUUACAAAUUACUAGCUUCAAGAAUAUGGAUAUUUCCAGUUUCUUCUGUGACCCUUCUCAACUUCUGAAUCUAUCCUGUUCUGACACCUACUCUAAUAAAAUUGUCAGAUAUUUUCUGGGAGCCUUCUAUGGCCUUUUCCCCAUCUCAGGGAUCAUUUUCUCUUACUAUAAAAUCAUUUCCUCCAUUCUGAGAAUCCUAUCCUCAGGUGGGAAGUACAAAGCCUUCUCCACCUGUGGUUCUCACCUGGCAGUAGUUUGCUUAUUUUUAGGGACAGGUUUUGAAGUGUAUCUUGGAUCAGUUUUGUGGCAUUCUCCUAGAAAUGGUGCAGUGGACUUCAGUGAUGUACACUGUGGUCACCCCCAAGCUGAACCCCUUCAUCUACAGCCUGAGGAACAGGGACAUUAA